CCUUUUCUCCUUGCAAUCAGAUCCUCGCCAGCCACGCAUUACAACUUGUACCUCCAGACCACAGGCUAAUCGCUCACCUUCUACCCCAUACACUGCCCAGGACAAAGCAAACGAACCAUGCCCGACCCCACCGCCAUCGCCUCCGGCGCAGAUACAGAUACAAACCCCACCCCAACUCCCUGCCCCAUCCAGCUCGGCCCCACAUCUACAUCAAGCACAAGCAUCGCCUACAUACCCCUGAAAGGCGCUGAAGGGUUCCGACUGACCCCUGCAGGAGAGGGGGAUCUGGAUGAUCUCGUGGAUCUCUACAACCGGCCGGAACUGGGUAAAUGGGCUUGUCGUCGACCGUACCCAUAUACCAAAGCCCAUACAAACUUCCUCAACAUUCCCGCCAACGCCCCCAUCCUCACCUCCAUCCUCCGCACCCUAUCCCUCCCCUCAACAUCCACAAACGACGACGACGACGCGCGUAAAGCCCGUGCUUCUUUUAUCUUUAAUGCUCUGAGAGAAGAGUCGACAGGGAAGGUGGUGGGGAUGGUGUUUAUCGGUCCUUCGGACCGUACGAGUACUCCACCAGGAUCAGGAUCAGGAUCGGGAUCAGAAUCGGGAUCAGGAUCGGGAGGACUGUGGGAGGUGGGGUAUGAUCUGUCCCCCGAGUACUGGGGUAGGGGUUUGGGGAGGAGGAUGGUGCAGGGGGCGUUGGAGUAUGCGAAAUGGGCUGGGGUGACGCAAGUCUGCGCUUUCCAUCAACCCGAAAACACCGCCUCCGCCGCGCUCCUCUCCAAGAUAGGUUUCACAAAGCACUCUGAACGCCUUGUAGAAUGGCCGAAAGAGAAGGGUGGCGGGAAGCGGCUGUGUUAUGAGUGUAGGAUCGAUCUUUAGGGCGCACACUCUUUCUCUUCGUCGUAGAGUGGGGUGAUAUGUACGAGUACUCAAGUACAGUAUGACUUUGAUGAAGCAUUUCCUGUUCUG